AAACAAGGUUAGAAACAAAAUACACUGGCUCUGUUUCCCUGUCUGUCUCUCGUCCAUUGUUCAGUGGUUUGGUCUUGUCCUAUUCUGAUAAUUUUUUUUUUCUUUGUUCUCUUUUCUAUCAUCAGAAAUGAAAAGUAACUGAAACACAAAGAGGAGAAAGAGAACAAGAGAAAAGUACAAAAUUCUGAAAAAAAAAAAAAAAAAAAGAAAAAGAACCCUAAGAAACGCCUUCGAUUCCCCUCUUGACAACAGUGUCUCUUAAUACCUUUUAAUCUCAAAGACCCAAUUUUUUUGAUCGGUUUUCAUUUCAUCGUCUCAGGUUUUUUGUUCAGAUGUUUUAUUUUGCAUUCUUAGAUGGCUGAGAUCCUGCCUCUUCAACUUGCAUUUUGUUGAUUUUGUACUUUGAGGCUGAAGAAGCGACAUUUUGUUCUAUAAUUCCUGCUGCCUCAGCAUUUUAGUUUCCUUUUGAUCUGCUGCAUUGCCUCAAAGCAUUUGGUGCAAAAGCCUGAAUGUUCUUCACCAAAAGAUAUUGAACUCCUUCCUGUCUGUGAGCCGAAGCUAAGUGCUAAUGACCAGAUUGUAUGUGGACUUUAUGUUGCGGAUCAUCUAAUAUUUUUGCUCGAAAUGUCCAUAACGGCUGCACCAGAGAAAUACUGCCUUAUGGAUGCCAUGCAAAAGGUCUCUCGGGGUAAAUAAAUAGUCAAUCAACUGCUUUCCUUAUAACCAUAAACCAGUCAAUUGAUAUAAGUUUAUAUCUAAAUCUCUAAUUGAGCUGGCAUGGUAGAUACUAGAGCUGUUGGUACUCUGUUUUUGUUUUGAUAGACCAAUGUUCAGUUUUAACUUCGUUUUUUUAUCUAAUUGACCUAUUAGGAUUUCUUGUUGCUUGCCAUGUAACAUAAAGUUAUUCUUGCCUGCACCUCCUGUAAAAAAUUUAUAUCUGUUGUCACUGAGGUAGUUAUUUCUUUUGGGUUCAAGAGAUUACUGGUUGAGGCUUUCAUUUGCUAACAUACAUGAUACACCAAAUGCAACCAGUCAAGCCUAUAUGACCUGGGAAAGCUAAAGAACUCAGGAGUUUCAGAACUUAUUUUAUUUCAACUAACAGUCUGAGUUUGUGUAUCCCUUUCACAUUUUGACCCGAGAAUUGCGCAGCUGGAACGGGCAUCUUUUUUUGGAUUUUUGGAAUAUUUAGCAUCUCAGACAUAUUUCUAGGGGGAAGAUAUUGUCCCUGAUGCAAGGUCAGGGGGGUCCCAUUGAUUCCUUCCCUGAAACUGUUAACAUUGAUGAGGGAUCUAGUCCCAAUAAUGCUAGUAUUGGUCAACCGAACUCUUUGCAUAACAUGCUGAAUCCUGUGGAAACUCGGUUAUCCAAUCAUACAGUUUCUGCUGGUGGGACAAUGCAUGGAAAUGCUGUUACUCCUGAUGUUCAGAGCUUUAGUGGCUGGAGUUCUGGUGAACCGAGCUCUAGAUUGAGACUACAAAACCAGGUGAUGCAGGAUGUUCUAAAUCACCAUGUUAAUGAUGAUGGAACAAAAAUGGAGUGUGGCUGGUCUUCUUCUUUUGGUGUGUGUGCUGGGGCUGCUCCAAGGUCAGAAGAAAGGCGGAUCGAACCACCAAAUGUCUUUUUCCCUGGGAGGCUGAAUGGACGGAGUGGCAAUCAGGUCAGAAGUGGGCCUAUAUAUUUGCAGGGUUCCAGCUCUAAUCAUAUCCCACAGAGUGUGAAUCUAAAUGAAGGAUUUAUUAGCAGCAGUGGUAAUGGAGGGUCAGUUGUGGGAACUGGUCUAGGUCCUAAUCUCCACAACUCAGGUGGACUGGAAAGAGAGCAGAUGUCUAAUGCCUGUGUUUCUUCUGAUAAUGUUGGAAGUUCAUCUGGAAGCUCUAAUUAUUUUGGGGAGGAAAGCAAUGAUGGCUCUGGCUCUUCCUUGGGCAGUUGGGGUUUAUCCUGCAAGAGGAAGGCCCUUGAAGGUACUUCUGGACAGUCUUAUUCUGCUGAUACUUCAAGCUGUUUUCAACAAAUUGAGAAUGCUGCAUGGCAUAAUGGUUCUGCUCGUAAUGAUGCUUCUAGCAGCUUGAGUUUAUCUACACCCUCUCGGAAUUUCCUCAAUGUUAGUCCUCCUGAUCAGUCAAAUCCAAGAGUUGGGCUUGGUAUGAGAGGAGUAGUUGCUGAUGCUUUUCCUUCUUCAAGUGUAAGAAGAGCAAAUCUGGGAAACCAACAAGAAUCUUUACCAUUUAGUUUAUCAUCGACUGGGGUUGCAGGGCAUUCUAGUUUUGGCUCUUCUACUCAAUCUAGAUCUUCCCCAUUCAGUGACUCUUUAGACUUGAGACCAACAGCAGCAAUAGCUGGAAAUUCCUGUUCUCCCCCAACUCAACCUCAUAUGAGGACUAUUUCUUUUGUGCCAAGAAAUGUGCAUCCUUUUGCUUGGAAUAAUACUUCCAAUUCUAGAACCGGCAAUCCAUCAAGUUCUAUUAAUUCUGGAGAGAGAGCUGCUGCAUUACGGGAUGAACCCAACAUAAGACAUAUCCCAAGAAACAAUGCAGAGCAUCCCAUGUUUGUUCCAGCAAUUGAGAUGAGAAAUGUGGCUCAAGAUCCAACGGGUUGGAGUUUGGCUUCUGGAAAUAUUAGCACUUCUGGAGGUGUUCCAUCCUCCAGUCGACCUGGUCCUAGUUCAAGCGUCCAUCCUUUGCCCACUCCUGCCUGGAUUCCUCCUCACAACCCUUCAAUACAUAAUCAACAAAGACUAUCAGAAUUUGCUCCUUGGUCUUUAUUUCCACCAAUUGAUUCUGAAUCUGGUGGUCAUAGUGGCCAUUUCCCACCAUUGUCUUCAGUCCCUUCUGCAUCCUCACAAGAGACAGUGGUGCCAUCUGGAUCUAAUGGCCAAGGUAAUAAUCAACCAUACCCAAGGUCAGCAUUCUUAUUGGAGAGACAAGGUGAUGAUGUUCUAGGGAUGCCCCAGUCAUUGCGAGCUUUGGCUGCUGAUAUUGAAGGGAGACACCGGCUAAUAUCUGAGAUUCGUCAAGUCUUGAAUGCCAUGCGUAGGGGGGAGAACUUACGAAUUGAGGAUUAUAUGCUGUUUGAUCCGUUCAUAUAUCAUGGUAUGGCUGAAACUCAUGACAGACAUAGAGAUAUGCGCCUUGAUGUUGAUAACAUGUCUUAUGAGGAACUGUUGGCGUUAGAAGAACGAAUAGGAGAUGUGAGCACUGGGCUGAGUGAGGAAACCAUUCUGAAGUUGAUGAAACAGCAGAAAUAUUCAUCCACUACAACAGAAUCCCCACAAGAGUUGGAACCCUGCUGUAUCUGUCAGGAAGAAUAUGCUGAUGGGGAUGAUACUGGGACACUAGAUUGUGGUCAUGACUUCCACACUAACUGCAUCAAACAGUGGCUAAUGCUAAAGAACCUGUGUCCUAUUUGUAAGACAACAGCCUUGCUUAAAUGAGAGCCAAGACUGUUGUUAGAGCAAGAAAUUUAAUUUUCUUCUCAUGGGUCAUUAGAUCCAAUAAUAGGGUGGAUUAUAUCUGAUUUAAACCGGCUUCUGUUAAUGUUAUAAAUUGCAGGAUGAGUUUGUGGAAUAACUUGCAUAAAGCAUCAUGACAAUCAUAAAAUAUUUGAAAUAAUAUUUAUGACAUUAUCAAGUUUUAAGGUCA